AAUGAACAGAAAUGCAUCACUGUACCUCACUGUUUGCCUGAGGCUGCCGAGAAAUUUGAACAUCCGCGUACAGUUUUAGAUGUUACCAUCCUACCACAACAACUGUGGUUUUGUAUCCUCUACUGCUUUACUGAAAACCAAAUCAUGUCUAGUUACUAUUUUGCGAUUGUAGGGGCAACAGAUAAUCCUAUCUAUGAAACAGAAUUGAUACCCUCUUCACGUAGCUCAGCAUUUAUGGAUGCCCAUAGACAACGAGACGACCAUAAACAUUUGAACCAGUUCAUUAUACAUGCCGCGCUAGACGUCGUCGAAGAAUUCCAGUGGAGUACAAACGCCAUGUACCUGAAAUCGAUCGACAGAUUCAAUGAAUUCUUUGUGUCUUGUUUCGUAACUGCAGGAAAUGUCAAAUUUAUGUUGCUGCAUGAUCAAAAAUCAGAGGAUAGCAUAAAACAGUUCUUUAAUGAAGUAUACGAGCUGUAUGUGAAGGUUCUCAUGAAUCCUUUUUAUGAAAAGAACACGACAAUCACAAAUUCAUCCUUCGACAACCGAAUUAAACUUAUAUCGAGACGCUUCCUUUAAGUUUCAGUGCUAUUAUACGAUGGACAAAGGGAGAUUAUUUACAUGAAAGCCAUUUUAUUAUGCCCAAGGAAUAUCAAUAUAAUAUAUACAAAAAGAGAGGGAGCGGGGUUGGGUAACUACUCUCUUCAUCCAUCUUUUGAAAAGUUGCAAAAAAAAAGCCCCUAUAAUAUCCACAGCCGAAAAGAAAAUAAUAAUAAUACGAAUUAUACACCGCGAUUACCACUACUGUCACCAACACUAAUCAUCAUCUUUGUUCGUCCAAACUCGGAGUCUUUCUUUAAAGUAUCUUUCUAAACGGUUCGCGCAACGAGCAUAAUUGGUGGAUUCAGCAUUAUAGGUUCU